AUGGGCGGGCCUAAGUGCAUUAUGGGUAAGGUUUUGAGAGGGAUACUUGGAGAAUGUAAGACGAUCGGGGUGGGGAUUGAAACGACCGGACAGCCAUACGCAGAAGGAUUACGGAGUUUCGAAAUAUCUAUCCCGAAAGUGUCAAACACAGUCGACCGUAUUUGCAAACAGAAGACAGAGAUGCAAGAACCUCUCGAAGAUAUCUUACAACUUCUUCGUGAACUGUCCACUCAUUCAUUCUUUCUUUCUUUCUUUCUUUCUUUCUUUCUUUCUUUCUUUCUUUCCUUCCUUCCUUCCUUCUUUCUUUCUUUCUUUCUUUCUUUCUUUCUAUUAUCUUAUUAUUUAUAUUCUUUCUUCUGUCUUUCUAUUUUCUGUUUCAUUCUUUCUUCAUAUUGUUUACUGCCUUCCUUUCUUUCUUCUUCUCUUUCUUUCUUCCCAUCUUUCUUACGAUUGACGUUUUAUUUAUUGUCUUUCUUUCUAUUCAUUGCCUUUCUACUGUCUUAUAAUUUUCUUUCUUUCUAUAUUAUUUCCAUUUUGUCUCUCAUUCUCGAUUUUUUCUUUCUUUCUUUAUUUUCUUUAUAUUUCUUUUCUCUAAAUUUCUUUCUAUCUAUUUUUCCAUUUCUUAUUCCAGUUAACACUAUUGAUUAUGUAUUUACUUUCUCAUCUUCUCUCUCUCUCUCUGUCUCUCUCUCUCUCUCUCUGUCCUUUGCGCUCUGCUAUAUGAUUGUGUUUUUGCUCAACUAUCUAUCUAUCUAUCUAUCUAUCUAUCUAUCUAUCACCAUUCACUGA